UUUGUAUGUUGGAACCGACAUUAAACGUAUACAAUAUUUACCAAAUAAUCAUACCGAAAAUCCGUAGAAUCAUCUAUUCUCAAGUGUUGUUUUUUUCUAUUCUCCCUACAUUCCCCGUAGAUUGAAACUAAGGCAAACGACGAACAACAGAGCGAAAAAUGCGAAAACAAUGGAUCAAAAAGGAAAAUUUAUACCACAAACCAUUUUACAAAAAGAAAUUGCAAAUGACGUUGCUUAGCGUAUUUAUAAUGGCUGUGGUGUUUUUUGCAUAUCAAUUAUUUUACAUAAAACAACUUCAAACUGAAGUCGAACAUAAACCAUUCAGAGUGCCGGUGCAAUCAAAUUUGCAAACAAAAGAGACAACGAGACGAAUAAUUCGGGGGAUACGGUAUAAGGACUAUGAUCUAUACAAUCCAGUGGUGCGAGACACAUUUUUUUGUAUCCAAACGGGCAAAGCAGUGCCACUUGAACGGCUGAACGAUGACUAUUGCGAUUGUGAAGUGGACGGUAGCGAUGAACCCGAAACAAAUGCCUGUCCAAAUGGCGUAUUUUAUUGCACCUACCAGAAAAGGCAUUUGACUGGACGUGGUCGUGAUAUUUCCAUACCAAGUAGCCAUGUUAAUGAUGGAGUUUGUGAUUGUUGCGACGGUAGCGAUGAAUGGCUUGAAUGCAAUGGUAAACAAACCAUCUGCCAAAACACUUGUGCGAACACAUGACAAACGCAUCCAAAAUAUGCACUCAGUGUUUCAGUUUCAUUUUAAAACAACAACAACAAACCAUCUACUCUUAUCACAAAAGGUACAAUGAAUUUGCUCAAAUUGAUUUGGCCGAUAAUAAUUCGAUUGGAUUAUAUUCAAAAUGGAAGCUUCGUACCGUGAGCUACCUAAACACAAUUUCUAUGUUUGUUCUGUUUAAGCAAAACAAAAAAAAAGGAAAAGAAAGAGAAUGAUAAGAAUAUUUUUGAUACAAUUAAUACUACUGAUUUUCUGUUGAUCGGCUGAAUUGAUGGGAAGAACCCAAUGCAGCCAAUGACUCAGUUGCCCAUAUGAACUUUGAAACAAACAAACAAAAAUAUGAUAUGUCUUACGCUCAUUAUGUAGAUAUAGAUAAACACGUGCACCUCACCAAAUGCAAUAUCAUUUCGAUAGAGAUAACAAAAAUUCGCCUAUAAAACUAAAAGGAAAAACUAUUUAGUAGCAUAAUAUAAGUUCUGACUGAAUCUCCAAGAAAACUAGUGACAAAUACACGGUUUAUUUGACUGUUAAUCUAUUUACAUCACAGAACACACUCCUCCUCAUUUCCACUUGGAACAAUCAAAGUUAAAGACUAGGUUAUUAGUAUGUAAGCACCUUCUGGUUUAUUUCCCCCAUUUUGUUCCCCUUCUGAUCACCACAAACAACUCUCAAAGCAGCUCAUGACUCAGUCGUUGACACAACUUGGGUUGUUUUCUGUUUUUUUUGUUGUUGCUUCUUCCAAUUGAUGUACGUUACCUUUCUACAACUGUGAAAAGAAUCUUAUCAGCAAAAACCAUAAAUAGUUUUCAGGCAUUCCCGAUACGUUUAUUUGUGUUUAUUUAGUAUGUUACAUCAUCGAUUUCUUUCUUGUUAUGUUUUUUUAAUGACUGAACUGGAUUACUUCUCUGAGAGAAGUUCUCUCAGAAGCCAUUCAAGACAAAUUGCGAUUAAAUUUUUGGUUGGAAAUUUAAACCAAUGAAAUUAAAAAUGUAUCAAUUUACUCUCUUCGAAAUAAGCAUAACCAAUACAACGCUAUGUAUUGUUUCACUCUCUCGAUUGUUCCAUAAAAAAAAAGAAAAGAUCUAUUGCCAAAUUCAAUUGCAUUUAUUUUUGCUGCUCACAUCAACAACAUGGUUGUUUAUGUAUGUAGAUAAUUUUAAGUUGCUGAAUUUUGUACGAAGAUCAUAUGACGAUAUCGAUUUGUUUUUUUCUUUCCUCAUUUGGUGGACGCUGUGAUUUAUUUAAAAAUAAAUGAUAAGGAAUUAAUCUUAGAAUAUUUCUUGUUAUGAAUUUAAAGCAAACAACAAUUAGUAGCAACUGUUUGACAGAAGACAGAUACACUCGAAGCAAUUCAAUAUGAACGAAAAGCAAGGACGACAUUUGUCUCUUGUGAUUGAUUACAAAACUUGGAAAUUCGCAUGAAAAUCCCAAGGAUUCGUUGCAAAUUUCGAAGAUUCGUUGCAAAUCUUUAUUUCGAUUAUCGAUUCGAAGAUUCUCGAAAGGAGAUUCAUGGCGAAGUCCUAUGUUCAAUACAAAUGCAAUGGAAUAAAAUUAAAAUUCUUCUCUCUGGAACAUUCAUUGUGUCUAGUUAAGACUUGCAAUGCAAUCAAGCAAGAGAUAAAUGCACCAUAGGCGAAAAGGCAUUUAAAAAAACCGAAACCAAAAAAAACACGAAAAAUUAAAAUACAAGUGAUGUUGACCGUGUGACAAGUUAAGUUUAACGAAGCUCAUUGCAAUGGAAACGCUAUGAAUAUAUUAUUAAAUAGUUGUCGUUUUUUCUAUGAAAUAAAACUAUACUUACGAAGAAUAAAAA